CUGGUGACGGAAGCCGCGUAAACUGCACAACGUAAGAGCGGACGACUGCGCCUUACGCAAGUUAUCAUCGUGCCUUACCUCAAGAGAUGCCUAGAACCUCAUUGCAACUUGAAAUCCGUCCGCACAACAAAACCACGCCAGAUGCGCAAUUCAGACACAGCUCAUCCUCUUCAAUUGAUUCUGUGAGAGAGACCUGUAACGCAUCUGUCAGCUGCCGUUUCACUGCCACACUGCCUGCCGCAGCCAAUCACCGACGUCCUGCCACGCAACAACCAGCGGGCCCAUACAUUCUCCAACAACAAUCCUCAAGGGUCCGACCUCAAACGCCCUAAGUUACUCCGUAAACUAGCUGUCAUCAGCAGAGAACAGCACAGCAUCAUCAACUGCCUACACGUCGUUCCAGCACGAAGCCACAUCACCACACCACAACCACCACGAUGACGCUCAAAGAAGAGUUCCAGACUCGCAACUUCAGCAUCUAUGGGCAAUGGCUGGGCAUUGCCUCGAUGAUUGUCUGCUUCGCGACAGGGCUGGCCAACAUCUUCAGCUUCCUUUCAGCGCCGAUCAUCAUUGUAUUCUGCGCGCUUGCUCUCGCCUCCUCGUUCAUCAUCCUCUUCAUCGAGAUUCCGUUCCUCCUGCGCAUCUGCCCAACGUCGGGCAAGUUUGACGAAAUGAUCCGCAAGAUCUCGACCAACUACAUGCGCUCGGCGACCUACGCCGUGAUGGCCGUGCUGCAGUUCCUCAGCACCAUCGGCCCCGACACUUCGCUGAUCGCCGCCGGUAUCUUCCUGAGCCUGACUGCGCUGUGCUACUUGGCGGCCGCCAUCAAGGGCCAGGCGUUCAUCUCGAGCAAGACGCUGGGCGGACAGGGCAUCGCGCAGAUGAUUGUCUAAAGGGCGGGCCUGGUCUUAUGAUGAAAGGUAUGCAGGCACGCGUCGCACCGCAAUGCGUCGUCAUGCGCCGGAUCAGUGUCGAUGGAGCAGACGAGAACAAUGAUAUAUUAGAGAAGCGAGAAGGAACGAGCACGUGUACGAAGACCAGGCGUUGGUUGCUGUUGAUGUUAUGACUUAUUUAUAUCAUUCCGAAUCA